AUGGCGGGCCGUGGCACCGACAUCGUCUUGGGAGGCAACCCCGAGACCAUGGCGUGGGCCCGCCUGCAAGAGAAGUACGCCUCGCGCCUCGACGUGCCGAACGAAGAGUGGGACGAACUGGUCAAGUCGAUCGACCAAGAGUUCGGCAUGAAGACGCAGGGCAAGGAAGUCAAAGAGCUGGGCGGCCUCUACAUCAUCGGCACCGAACGCCACGAGGCGCGCCGCAUCGACCUCCAGCUCCGCGGCCGUUCGGGCCGGCAGGGCGACCCCGGUUCGAGCCGGUUCUUCCUGUCGCUCGAAGACGACCUGCUGCGAAUCUUCUUCGGCGACUGGGUCCGCAAGAUGAUGCAGUCGCUCGGCCUCAAAGACGGCGAGCCGAUCGAGUCGGGCAUGGUCCAACGCCGCAUCGAAGGCGCUCAGAAGAAGCGCGAAGAGAUGAACUUCGAGGCGCGGAAGAGCCUGCUCGAGUACGACGAGGUCAUGAACUCGCAGCGGCAGCGCGUCUACGGCUACCGCCAGCAGAUCCUCGACGGCGCCAACACCCGCGGCCUGCUGCUGGACAUGAUCCACGAGCAGAUCGACCAGCGCCUCGACGUGCUGCUCGACGCGAAGUACGGCAUCGAGUCGUUCUCCGCCGGCGCCGGCAAGGCGUUCGGCGUCGAGCUCGACCCGCGUGACUUCCGUAACCUGUCGUUCGAAGAGGCCGACCGCCUCGCCCACGACGAGGCCGAACGCCAAGCCGAGGCGCAGAUCUUCGACGCCAUCGAAGAGAACCUGCCGGCCGACGACGAGGCGGAAUGGAACUGGGACGCGAUCACCAAGUGGGCCAACGCCCGGUUCGGCCUCAACCUGCGUGACCGCGACCUCAAGAAGGUCGGCCGCGACCACCUCUCGACCGAACUGAUCGAGCGGGCCAACGAAGCGCUCGCCAAGGUCGAUCUGUCGGGCGGCGAGCCGCUGCUGAAGCCGAGCUUCGGCGUUGAUUCGGCGUGCGCCUGGAUGCGAGACAAGUUCGGCGUGCUGCUCGACCCGGCGGAGCUCGCCCCGCUGGAGCCGGACCAGAUCAAGCAGGUCGCUCACGAGCGUACCGAGCAGGCCUACGACGCCCGCGAGGCGGAGUACCCGGUCCUGGCGGCGAUGUACCGCUUUGGCGCCAAGCAGCAGACGCUCGACCGCGACGGGUUGGUCGAUUGGUCGUCGCGCCGCUUCGGCGUCGACGUCUCGUUGGACGACCUCAAGAGCAAGCAACGCGAAGAGAUCCGCCAGCAGCUCAUCGAGUACAGCCGCGAGUCGAACGCCCGUGCGGCGAAGGUCGCGGCGGACGCGCAGAGCCGCGUCGAGAUGCUGUUCAAGUCGGCCGACUCGAAGGCGACGCUGGCGUCGAUCGGCGGCGCCGAGGAGAAGCUCACCGAGUUCGCCGCUUGGCUCGAGAACGAGACGGGGGACGCGCUCGACACGGCGGCCUUCGCCAAGCUCACUCGCGCCGAAGCGACGCGCCUCGUGGACCGGAUGGUCGAGGACCGCUACCGCCCCGAGAUGCGUCGCAUGGAGCGGCAGCUGUUGCUGCAAGUGCUCGAUCAGGGUUGGAAGGAACACCUGCUGGCGAUGGACCACCUGCGGUCGAGCGUCGGCCUGCGGGGCUACGCGCAAGUCGACCCGAAGGUCGAGUACAAGCGCGAAGGCAUGCGGAUGUUCGAGCAGAUGUGGGACUCGGUCGGGGCCUACGUCACCGACCUGGUGUUCCGCAUGGAGCAGCUCAACGAGGACUUCGUGUCGAACACCUGGGCCGAAGCGACCGCCAAGCACGAGUCGGCCAGCACGCUCAGCGAAGCCGCGAGCCAACAAGAGCAGCAGGCCGACCCGGACGACCCGACGCAGUCGCAGUCCGACGCCAAGCCCGAGCCGAUCCGCAACCGCGAUCAAAAGGUCGGCCGCAACGACCCGUGCCCCUGCGGCAGCGGAAAGAAGUACAAGCAGUGCUGCUUGCGGGCGGGGUCGGGGUACGCCGAGAAGCUGCUGGGCCGUGUCCCCGUGCGGACGGGCGACCGGUCCUGCGUGUGGCUGCAUGCGGUGAGCGUCGGCGAGGUGAACCUGCUCGGCGUGCUGAUCGCCGAGCUGCGGCAGCGCCAUCCCGAUUGGGAGAUCGUCGUCUCGACGACAACGAAAACCGGCUACGACCUGGCGCGGAAGAAAUAUAGCGCCGCUCAUACGGUGUUCUACUGCCCGCUCGAUUUCUCAUGGGCGGUGGACGAAGCGAUGCGGCGUGUCCGGCCCGAUCUGCUGCUGCUCGCCGAGCUCGAGCUGUGGCCCAACCUGAUCGACGCCGCCAAGCGACACGGCGCGAAGGUCGCCAUCGUCAACGGCCGGCUGAGCGAGAACAGCUACGACGGUUACCGCAAGGUGCGCCCGCUGGUGCAGCGGGCGCUGCGAUUGGUGGACCUGCUUGCAAUCCAAGACGUGCCGACGCGCGAGCGGUUCAUCGACCUCGGCGCGAAGCGGCGCAACACGCACGUCACGGGGUCGCUCAAGUACGACGGGGCGGAGACGAAUCGGGACAACGCGCGGACGCGGGAACUGAAGCGUCUUGCCGGGUUCGGCGAGAGCGAGACGGUGUGGCUCGCGGGGAGCACGCAGGCGCCGGAAGAAGCGAUCUGCUUGCGUGUGUUCCGCGAAGCGCUCGAUGAGCACCCCGAGCUACGCCUCGUGCUCGUGCCCCGUCAUCCGGAGCGAUUCGAAGAAGUCGCCCGACUACUCGACGAGUGCGGCCUCGAUUGGAAACGACGCACCCAACUAAAUCCCUCGUCCCCCGUCCCUAGCCCCUCGAUCCUUCUGAUCGAUACCGUUGGCGAGCUCGGCGCGUGGUGGGGAACGGCCGACAUCGGCUUCGUCGGCGGCAGCUUUGGCAGCCGCGGCGGCCAAAACAUGAUCGAGCCCGCCGCUUACGGCGUGGCGACGUGCUUCGGCCCGAACACGAAAAACUUCCGGGACAUCGUGGCCACGCUCCUCAACGCCGACGGCGCGCGCGUCGUCGAGAACGAAGCGGCGCUGGAAGCGUUCGUCAACGCCUGCCUAGAGAUGCCUGAAGAAGCGAAGGCGCUGGGCGAACGCGCCAGGGCGCUCGUCACGACGCAGCUCGGCGCCACAGCACGGACCGCCGAUGCGAUCGACAAACUGAUGGGCGUAGCGGCGGCGCGGCAGCGAAUGGCGGCAUAG